AUGGUGCUUGCGUUUGGGGGCGCCGUUGUUGCGGCCGCCGUGUGGACAAUAUGGGGCACCGAUAUGUUUCCCGCAGAACCAGACCCAACAGGUGAUCCCGAGACUUGGACUCGAGAGGAAAUGAGGAGGUGGUUGGCGGCUCGGAACCUAUUCCCGAGUGAGAGUGAUACAAGGGAGCAGUUGCUCCUACGAAUCCAGGCCAACAUGAGAAUUGAUAGGAAAUAA